AUGCAAGAUUACUCAGCACGCAACCAACGCCAUGAUGAUGAUGAUGAUGAUGAUGAUGAUGAUGAUGAUGAUGAUGAUGAUGAUGAUGAUGAUGAUGAUGAUGAUGAUGAUGAUGAUGAUGAUGAUGAUGAUGAUGAUGAUGAUGAUGAUGAUGAUGAUGAUGAUGAUGAUGAUGAUGAUGAUGAUGAUGAUGAUGAUGAUGAUGAUGAUGAUGAUGAUGAUGAUGAUGAUGAUGAUGAUGAUGAUGAUGAUGAUGAUGAUGAUGAUGAUGAUGAUGAUGAUGAUGAUGAUGAUGAUGAUGAUGAUGAUGAUGAUGAUGAUGAUGAUGAUGAUGAUGAUGAUGAUGAUGAUGAUGAUGAUGAUGAUGAUGAUGAUGAUGAUGAUGAUGAUGAUGAUGAUGAUGAUGAUGAUGAUGAUGAUGAUGAUGAUGAUGAUGAUGAUGAUGAUGAUGAUGAUGAUGAUGAUGAUGAUGAUGAUGAUGAUGAUGAUGAUGAUGAUGAUGAUGAUGAUGAUGAUGAUGAUGAUGAUGAUGAUGAUGAUGAUGAUGAUGAUGAUGAUGAUGAUGAUGAUGAUGAUGAUGAUGAUGAUGAUGAUGAUGAUGAUGAUGAUGAUGAUGAUGAUGAUGAUGAUGAUGAUGAUGAUGAUGAUGAUGAUGAUGAUGAUGAUGAUGAUGAGAACUGA